AUGUCAUCUGGUAUUCAAGCAUUGUUAAAGACUGAAAAGGACGCUGCCGAAAUUGUCAAUGAGGCUAGAAAGUACAGAACUAAUCGUUUGAAGACAGCUAAAGCAGACGCACAAAGUGAAAUUGACGAAUACAAGAAACAAAAGGAGACUGAAUUGAAAAAUUACGAGAAGGAGCAUGAAGGAUUGAAUGAAUCCAUUGACAAGGAUGCAGACGCCCAAGUUGAAGGCGAAUUAGCGGAUAUAAAAAGCAAAUUCGAUGAAAAGAAAGACUCAGUCGUAAAAUUGAUAGUUGAUGCCGCUAUCAAACCAACUCCUGAAAUACACAUCAACGCGGCCAAAUAA